CUAGUGUCUCAUUUCAAAAGUAAAGACUUCAGUGAUAACAGUCGAUUAGGAAAUAGCAUAUUGUGAAGGGAGUCUGAAUAUCACAUAGUAAUCUACUCUAGUGUUCUCAGAGAUGGACUAUCUUGCCUGCCUUAUUGUUGUUCUCCAGUUAUAUGAAACCAUGGGGGAAGGAAGAUUUGUGGAUGCAACUGUAAAACUCACCAAUAAUAUGAGUCUGGAAUGCAUCUAUCCAAAGACAGCUGGUAUAACCCAGAUGUCCUGGGUUAAGAGUAUUGCAACUGGCAAAGAAACUAUUGCUGUCUCCCACCCAUUGUACGGUGUGCAUAUUGAAGACAAAUAUAAAGACAGAGUUCGCUUUAUAAAUGCUUCCUCAAGAGACAAGUCCCUAAAUUUCAUCAAGACCACUGAAGCAGACGUGGGCUUGUAUUUAUGCUCCAUAACUUUCUCAGACGGAGUUUGGGAAAAGGUGGUACAGGUUAUCCAAUCAGAUUCUUUUGAAGUACCUGUGCUGCCAACCAACCACACGAUUACUGAAUCAGGGGGAAAUGUGACACUUAGAUGUCCUUACAGUGUUGGAAGUUUGGUGCAGCAGGUGAUGUGGGAAAGGAUUAAAGCAGAUCGGAUGGAUACCAUAGGCCUGUGUAACUUGUCAGAAGGGAAAACCUAUGGUUCAGAUUACCAGGAGCGUGCAAUGAUAGACUGUGCUACUCAGGAGAGAGACAUUCUUGUCAUUCAAAAUGUUACAGCUUCUGACUCUGGAAUUUACCGCUGUCGUUACGGUGGAAACAAAACCCAUGUGAUGAGCUUGACUGUCACUAGCAAAACUUUGGAUCAUCACUGGCAUAUUUUGCUCAUUGCUGGAGGGGCUGCUGCCUCAUUAUUGUUACUGGUCACCAUACUGAUCAUCAGCAUCGCUCUUGUUUAUCGUAAAAAAAAGAAAAGGAGAAGGAUUAUGAAGGCCCUGUCGAAAGCCCUGUACUCUACUCAGACCCGGCCCAGUAACAGUUAUGGAAGAUCCAACUUUCAUGGCACACCAAACAGCAGAAGCGGAGUAGAAUCAGUGUCUGGGCAGAUGGAUGAGAUUUAUAUCAACUACAGAGACUACUCACGCAAACCAAAGACAAGAGCAUGAGCUUCUUUCGCAUGUCUGAAUAAAGUAACCAAUGUCGAAGUACAGGCUUUGGAUCGUAGGCUUGAUUCUCUUUGUACCAGACUGACCUUUAUUUUUUUAGUCUCCAUCAGCAAAGUGACUUUGAUUUAUCAGUCCAGCAAGAGAUUAUUUGUUUGUCUAUAAUUUACGCUUUCCAAGACUGUAACUACAUUUUAAGCAAUCAUUUUGGCAGGGAGGGAGGGAAUAAAUUAAGGGGCCAAUUCAGAGCUGCUGUACCUCCAAUGGUGCUGGAGCUGCAUCUGUCUACACCAGGCCUGAAUUUGAUCUUGGAAGUUUACAUGAACGAGUGAAGCAGAGGGAAAAUGUGUUCUUUUCUGUCUAGAUCCAGGUGUGUAACAUCUACAGCGGCACUCACAUUGUGUGCUUUAUAGAGUGGUAGCAGAAUGAAACUGUUUUUGCCCACUGGUAACAUAAUACUUGUAUUUGAUCUUGUCACUUCACAUGCAGCCGGUUUCCUCCUGCCCAGAAUAAGAAGGGUUCACAGGAACUCACCAUCCCUCCCUCUUCAUGGCCACACAAGAUGUUCAAGCAGUUACUCAGGUCCUUAUGGUUGAGGAAAGGAUAGAAAUCUGGCCCUGAGGCACAGCAGCACACUCAGGCCUGGUCUACACUGGGGUAGGGAUCAAUCUAAGUUACACAACUUCAGCUACGUGAAGAACAUAGCUGAAGUCUACGUACUUAGAUCUACUUACCGCGGUGUCUUCACUGCGGUAAGUCGACGGCUGACUUUCUCCCCUUGACUCCGCUUGUGCCUCUCGCCCUGGUGGAGUACCAGAGUCAAUGGGAGAGCUCUCGAUUUAUCGCAUCUAGACUAGACGCGAUAAAUCAACCCUUGCUGAAUUGAUCACUGCCCGUUGAUCCAGCUGGUAAUGUCGACAAGCCCUCAGGUGAAAACAAAACACAAAGACUCGGUCACUGGCAAGUUAUAUUUAAUAAUUUAUUAUAAGGUUUGGUUGCACAAAAAAUAAAUGAGAACAAGGAGGAUACAGGAAUAAAUGAGGCAAAGCAGAAGAAAAAAGCAUGAUUAAGAACACUUACAAAAUGAUAUGUAUACAUACACAUACAUAUAUGUGUAUAUAUUCUGCAGGACCCUGCAGAAGAAAAUGCACAAAAAUAGAAAGAAACAAAACCAGAAGGCAGACCUGAGAAUUAUGGUCUACGCAUCUUGUUGGCCCUUUACACAAGUGGAAUGUCUCUAGGCGUGUGCAGGACAGUCACUUUAACAUGAGGGAGGAAUCCAGGUAAGUGAGUGCUAUUAUGAAGACUAAUAGUCACAUAUGGAUGCAUACUAUAGUGCCUCAACAUACUGUAUACUGUAUGUCAGGCUGAUUAAUCACAUCUGCUUGGCCUGGUGCUCCCUUUCUCUUUAAACAUUAGUGAAAGUGGUACUGAACUUGAAUAUUUCUGGAAAGGGGAAAAAAGUUAAUGUCAUUCUUCCUAAGCAUUAGUUACCAGUUCUAUUGAGUUUGGCAGGAAAAGAGCAUUGACAGCAGCCUGAAAGCUAAAAGCACAUUAUAGUUAACCUCUUCUGACAGAAGGCUGUUUUCAUGUGAAUAAAAAAACAGUGGUCUAGAUUCUUCUGGUCAUUAUGUGGACAUGGAAGUCCCAAGCUACUGGAGAGGAUCACAGCAUUGUGCAGCUAGCCUACACUUCAGCUAAAUUGAAGUGUUGUAAGACUAAAAAUUCAUUCAAACCUAGCACUGAAGUGUUUCAUUGUUUACAAUGUCAAACACAUCUUUUUUUUUUUUAAAUAUCUGUGUACUCCUCAGCAAAUACCUAUACGCAUUAUAAGGGGUACUUUUAUUUUUUUCCACCAACUGAAGGAUUGUUAGCAGAUGAACAAUGAAAUUGCAUCAUAUCGAUGAGGAUACAACGAAAUGUACUAUUAAUAAGUUGUUUUUUUUUUUUACCUGAGUUAUCACGUCAUACCAGAUCAUUGCAAAUUGUGCACAGUAUUAAAAGUAGAGCCCUGUAUCAGCAGGCCUUUUCUCUAACCUACAUCUGGUGAUCCCAUUUAUAUUCAAAUGCCAACCUGUUAAUAUAAUGCAUUCCAGUAGAUUUAAGUUUUCUAGUCAGAGCUCUGGAUGCCUCAAGAUAUAAUAACCACAAAGUUGGUAGUGCCCCCUUGUUUUUUUAGAAGCGGAGUUUUCACUUGUAGUGCAUUCAUACUAGUCUACAUAAACUAAAGAGUUGGUUUUACUGAGGGUGAAAAGAUGGGGAUUUUUUUUUAACUUGUAUAGCUACAGGAUCAUCUUAUUUUCGUUUGUUUCUGGUAAGUGUCCUUGAUAUUUCCUUGACAUGGUAUCUGAGGCCAUUAUAACAUUUCUCUGUACAAUUUUUUUUUCAAAAUAAUUGCACAUUUUCCAGAUUUUAGGGGGGAAAAACUAUACUGCAUAUCUUGGCAUUUUGUUUCAUCUAUUUUAAUUCAAAUUCCAUAGAUGUUUUGCUUCUACGAAGACAGUAUACAGGGAAAAUUGUGUCAACACAUCACACAUAGCAUAAUAAAAGUAAUAUAUUAAUCUUUUCCAAUAAACAGACCAAGCAACAGCUUAAUUUUGUACCAUUAUCAUAAAGCUAUAUCAGUGAACAGCUGCUGAACCCCAGAUGAAACCAUUAAAAAAACAACCUUGUCAAUGUUCCAAACUGGCAGCAAAAUCAGUAAGUUACUAAAAUCUCUUAAGACUAAAGAACCUGGCUUGCACAAGUUGUCAUUAAUAUGUCAACAUUGCCUACAGUUUGUUUUCUAAAUAGAGGGAAAAACUUAGCUACCACUGUGGAGUAACUGUUGGCCAGUGCUGAUUUUUUAAUGGAAAUCACUGUAGGUGAAGCGUCUAAGCACAGCAGUUGGGGAGUAGGAUUUAAAACCUCUUAAAAUGUAUGAGUGUGGCUCGAGGGACUGUCUAUGGCAAAAUUUGCAUCGUUUUCAAUUAGUGUUCUAGGUACCCACUCUGAAGUCAGACAGCUCAUAGGGCACUAUUUAUGACUUAGAUGAUCAAGCUCAGAAUUUCACAUAAUAGGACCAAAUUGCAUCCUUAGCAAAUGUAAGAAAUGCAAUUCCUUUUACAGGUGCUUAUUUCCUCUAGGGCAAAAGUAUGCAACUAAACUUUGCAAUCACUUUUGAACAGAAAAAUAGCAAUGAUAAACACUGAAAAUAAUGAUUGAAAUAAGUGUGUUUUUUCUCUACAGCUUAGAACCGUUUAAAAAAAAAAAUCAAUGUCCCACAAAGAUAACAAUAAACCCCAAACAGCAGCCAGAUUAUGGAAUUUACUGAAGGCUGUUACAGCAUUACUUAUUUAAAAAUAACCAAACAAACCCAGACUCCAGAAACAUUACUUAAAUAAAUGAAGCUUACAGGAUAAAGCAUAUUUUCAUUAAACAAAAGAGAUAUUUAAUUUGUUAAUCUUUAAUUAAGGGACCUCUUAGCAGAAAACUGGAAUUAUACUGAUAAAAGCUUUUAAGAAAGGGAAAAGAUGGCUUUUCUUCAGUGACACAUUAAAAGUGCUAUGGCUAGUUGUAUGCAUGUAUGUUGUGCACAAGGAGAGAGACAUUUAUAUGCUUGGUUUAUGUUUCAAGGAGAAGUCCUGUAAUUGAUGGCAUUAUAAAACCUUUUAAACUUAAAUACAUGUCUCUUGAAAAACUGAGUCAAAGUAAAAUAGUAUCUGAAAUUGGCCUAUUCUGGCAGCACUUCACUCUGCAGAGACAGCCAUCUUCCUGGUUCAUGAAAAACAGAGAGAGGAUUGAACUCCCACUUUAAGGUGCUUUGGGCAGAUAGCAUAGCAGGGAAUUGAGAUGCUAUAUUGAAAUAUUUCCUUUAGCUUCCUUUAUUCUUAAAAAAAUGCUGAUGUGUUUUAAAGACAAUAAAUAAUCUGCAUCCUGCCAAGGCCUCCAUCAUAACUUCCCACUUUCUGUUCCUCUUGGCUAUUUCUUUCUCUCGGGCCCAGCAGAGCGCAUUUUGUCUGCGAGUAGUUGGAGGUGUGAAGGAAUGUCUGGAGGGUUUGUUGCUGAGAGGGGGAGAGAAGGGAGCUAAAAGCGUAUGUUGGGUUGUACUUGAAAGAUUCAGUCAGGCAGGAACUUUGGAUUUGGGGAACGGUCUGGGCUGAGCCAUGAAAAGAAACUGUUUCAAAUAACAGAUCCUAGGGUGAAGAUUACUUGCAGUCUUAAAACUUCUGGAAACCAUGGGGCAGAUUAUUUCUCAUAUCUACUUUACACCCCGGAAGUUCCAUUUAACUCAGUAGGCUAAGUGAUUGUCAUGUGGCGAUGCUCCCCUCAAGUCCAAGGAGGGACACUGAUUGACACCAGCACAGUUACCAUCUACCUCACUGAGUUACACAGAUGUAAGUGAGAGGAAACCCAGGUUCUAAAUGCCUCCACUGAAGUCAAUGGAGUUGUAUUUGCUUACACCAGGGCUACAAUUAAUUGCUAAUGCCUUGUUUCUCCAAUUAAAUCUAAUUGUUUGCUCCUGUCUUUAAUGAUCAUCGGGUAGCAAGACGACACUCUCCAUGUUCUGAGGAAUUUUAUUUUAAAGCUAUUACUUAAUUCUGAAAUGAACACCACUGAGCUGUUGAAAUUGUGAAAUUUUAGAAAUGUGCACAUUUCCUUUUACAUGUUUUAUGUCUAGUUGGACACCAACCUGACUAGUUCAGGCUCCCAAUCUAAACCCUGCUUAUAGAAUUAUUUAGAUAAUGGGCAAAAUUUUUAGAAACAUUUAAAUGAUUGAGGCUCCUAAGUCCCUUUUUUCAAAAGUGACUUAGGCAUUUAAGAGUUUAAGUACCACUGACUUGCUAUGAAACUUAAGUGCCUAAUGACCAGAUUUUCUACAGUAUUUAGGCACCUAGAGAUGUGGAUAGGCAAAUUGUCGGAUUUUCAAAAGCACUGAAGCAGGUUACAUCCUAGUUGCCAUAGGAAUCAAUAGGAGAUAGGUGCUGAACCAGCUUUAGUUCAUAACCAGGUGUUAUACACUUUUGAAAAUGGAAGGUAGGCUCCUAAAGUGCUCAGAUGCAUUUGAAAAUGUUACCUGAUGUUUUAAUCCAUUCUCAGAAGAAAGCAGCUCAGGCAUCUACCUCCCACAGGCUGAGAUAUACCUGGAAAAAUUUAGAUAGCUCAUCAAUGCUAGAAAAUAUGGACCUCGGGGUAAGUAAAAUCUGCCACACUUUGCUGAAACACAUGGCUGUUUGAUUUCCUAAUUUUGAAGGAUCUGAACAAAAUGUUGUAUUGAAUAUUUCCUAAAUCUAGCCACCGCUCUCAGGGCUUCCAAGACUGAGAUGAAUUCUAUUUCAGAGUGAAUGAUGCAGUUAUCACGCCACCCUGCCUUCUCCUAGCACUGUGUCUAAUACAAAGAUGGAUUCUGGGCACAGUUACUUUUCCAUCAUGGGGGGUACUCAGAAAAAAAGUUUUACCUUAGUUAAAAAGACAAGUUUAUGUUAGUAUCUAUGGUACAAUAUUCCCUUAUGCUUUGGCCUGGCAGAAUUUAAUUUUUAUUUUUUCUAAUUUUUGACACAUAAUAUCAAUGUUUAUUUGUAAACUUAUUUUUAAUCCUUUUAAAAUUUCACUAUCGUGAAAUUAUGGGGGUGGAAGCAACAACAUAUGUCAAAAUAUACAAAGCGACCAUCCUUAAAUCAAAAUCUAAUAAGUUUGCAAACAGCACUUUUUGUACUGUGACUAUUGAUAAAUUUUGCUGCCACCAAUGGAAAUAUUUUUUCAUCAACGUGUGUGUAUGGAGAAAUCAAUGUUUAUAGGCAUUUACCAAUUAAAAAUCUAAUCCUGUCUAGCCUACCUAUACUUUAUAUAACUGGAAUACUAGAAAUACUGAGGUAAAUUUGUAAAGUUAUCUAAGGCAACUGGCAUAUUUUUAUGAGUAGCCACUUUCUUAGUAACACAGCCAGUACUGAGCAAAGUUGAAAAUGCUUAUGGAAAAAAUGAGAAAUAGCUGAGACCCCCCUGGGUGCCUCCCUAUGCCAACUGGAAGAAGGCACCACCAUACCAUAACUCACCUGAGAUCUGACACACUCAUUAUGACAACAGUGAGUGGGGGCAAUCUAUGUGAAAAAAGGCAUCCUGUAAGGUAUCCUAUUGAAACUGGUAACACGCCAGUGAUUAAUAUUAUUGCACGAUUUAGCUACAGGUGGUGUAUAGAGAAUUAUAGCUGUGUGCUGGAAAUAUGGUCUUAAAAUGUGUUUGGACAGCAGUGCAUAAGCGUAACCCAGCCAAAGGAAUGUUGUUUCAUCGGCUUCACGGUGUUGUCAAUGUAAAUUGAGCAAGGUGAGGACAGACAUAUAAUGGAAGUACAUUUAAAGUAAACACAGCCAUAAAACUAGCAGGUAGGGGAGAUGACCACUUACCAAUCACAAUGGGGUAUGUUGUACCCUCAGGAAGCCUUCCUGGCUCUUAAAACAGAGACAAUGGACUUUGGAAAAUAUAAGCAGAAACAUAAAGCCACUUUGGCAUCUGUCACCUGAGAGAGACAAGGGGCCAGAGCUCUUGAAAUCUUGAUCCUUCAACCAAGGGGGGAGGAAGAAGAGGGUGAAGUCUCUGGGAACUGACUGUAGGUGAGAAACCUGCUUAGACAAAGAUUGUAACUUGCUGAAGUUAAGUUUUAGUCACUAGAAAGUAUAUUUUGUUUGUUACCUUUCAUAUCUCUUUCACUCCUACGUGAAAUCACUUCCAAUUAGUGAUCAGUAGCACAUUAGCCAUGCUAAAUUAUUGUCAAAGUACAUUUUGCCACAUUUUUCUUGUAUUUGUUAAUAAGGGUAGUAUAUAUUUCAGCUCCAUUUGUGUACACUCUGCCAACACCAUAUUUUCUCACAACUUAAAGAAGGUAUUCAGGAAAAUAAAUGUUUUAAGAUUUAUACUAUAUCCAACAGAAGAUGUAAAACCUCCAUAAUUGUGCACUAAUGUAUCAUAUAGGAAAUUUCUCAUUAGAUGCCUUCUGCAUGUCAUUGUAUGGGCAGAAGCAUGAGAACUGAGGGUCCUCAAGUUUUCUUACUUAUAGUUGCAGACACUGUUUUUAUUCAUAUAAAUGUUUAAUCCAAUUCUGAAAUGUUCCAAGUUAUUUGCUUCAAUAAAAUCUUGCCUCAGUUAGUUCCACAAGCUAAACCAACUAUAAAUGAGUUUCUUUCAUCUAGAUUAAAUAAUGCAUUUUAACGUGAAUGCUGAUGUUCUUAUUUAUCCUUUUCCAUAAUACAAGAACACCUGAUUCACCCUCUCUGCGCAAAUUAUUGUUCUGUAGGACCUUGAUCCUAUGAGUUGAGUGCCAAUCUCAGCUUCCAUUGAAGCCAGUGGAAGUUGAGCACUUUAGUGAGGGUUGAGUACCCUCAGUUUCCACUGGCUUCAACAGGAGUAGAGGGCACCUUGCAGGAUCCAAUGCUCUAUGAGUAUCAUAUCUCCUAAAUUACCCUAAUCCUUUUAAAUCUUUCCUUGUUUUCACUCCUCACCCCAUUCCAUGCUUCUAUUCUUUUUGUUGCCCUUCCCUGAGGGCUCUGUUUACUAUGCCCUUUUGGAGAUGAGGGGACAAGAGCUGAAUGCAGGCUUGAAGGUGAGUACAUUCCAUUUAUUACUGUUUUUCUUACUACAGUCUAAAAAAGUGCAAUGCAACUUUUACAAAAAGCACCUCCAGAAUUUAGAUGCUUGAUAUCAUUGUCAUCUGAGGAAGCUUAAAAGACUCCAAUAUUAAUUUUGUCACAAGGAUAGCUUAAUUUUGUACCAUGUUCUGUUCUUGCUGCAAGAGCAGUCAUGACAAUAGAUGUGUAACUGCCAUCUUUGUUCUCAUUAUUGGUGUAAAACUGUCAAGCGACUGGAUUAAUUUUAUGCUGUCUUUCUAUGCUUGCUGCAGUCUUUGUUACAAGACAAUGAGAUAUAUAUUGAGAACAAGAAUAAACAUAUAUUAAAAACGGGGGAUAACUUUGCUCAGAACUAAAAUAGUUACAUGGAAAAAUCCUCUGUAAAAUAUAUCAAUUCCCCUGACUCUCCUAAGACUAUAACAAAAGAAAGAUGCAAAUCUAUUCAUUCUCAGGACACUUUCUACACAGAAAGAUAAGGCGGAAAUGGUGAAAACUUAAUCCUUAGUGCUGUUCAGAAUGAAGUGUGAAAUUUAAGAAGGGUUUGAACUCCUUUCUCUUAAAGAGCAUUUUAUAUGCUGACCAGGCAUUGAGCUUAGUGGGGGGUUACAAGGUGUAACUGAAAACAAGCCUAUUUUCAAAUGGAUUGUAACUCAAGGCAAAAGUUGGCCAAUAGGGUCAAAGUGAACUUGAAAGGAAAACCUGUGCUUCAUCUACAAUAAUGUUUUCCUCUUUAUUUUUAAAUGACUAAACAUUUUAAAUAAAAACAAACUCUUUACAAUUAAUUUAACAUCUUUCUCUAAAAGUCUACCAAGUAUAGGGAACAAACUGUAGAAAAAAGCUACAGAAAGGUGUCUGAUAGCAAAACUUUCACUGACAUGCAUAGAGUCAGGAUUUUUACCUAGAAGCAUAGAGGUAGGGUCUGAAAUCCACAUUUAAGCACCUAAAUAAGUGGUUUCAUUUUUAAACGUGCUGAGUACCCACCACCGCCCAUUGACUUCAUUGCCUUGUGAGUGUCUUGCCUCUUAGAGCUACAGAAGGACAUUCAGUGUACAUUCAAGGACCAUUCAACUACUAUGGUAGUUCCUCUGUGCUUCUUAGUAUUCAUUUUAUUCAAAAGAGUAUUUGUUUUACUUGCUCACUCAUUUCAAAUAUGAGACACCUUUCUUCAUAAAGUCAGGAAUAAGGACUAUGCUUGAUUUCAGAAGCUCAGGACUUUAUCUCCAGAAAGCACUUACAUACUGCAUCAAAUCUUAACCAGUUCACUUGUAAAACCUGUGUCGAUGCAACCUUCCACCAGUAAAUUAUAGGCUGACCCCAUAGGCUUUUCUGUGUGUGGGAGAAUGUGAGAAGCUAGGAUUUGUUUGUUGUGCCGUAAAUUGUUAUAGGAGAGUGUCACUAAUUGGGCUGAUGUACGAAGAGGAGUCAUUCUAUUUCUGGUGCUGCCUCCCUGUCAUCUUUAAUUAACAAUGGCUUUUUGCUACCCUAUCCCCUAUUCCAUUCUUCUUCUGAUUUUGUGCAAUGGCCAUUUUGCCCCCUAAGAAAUUAUCUAUAAAAUGUGGAAAAAUUACAAAAUAUAAAACUGGACUUGGAGACAAACAGGUUGCAUUUGAAUGAUGUUUGUUUUUUUGCUUCAGUCCAAAGUGUAGCAAUUAUGAGAUCUGAUCAUGGAAAACAAAGCCUGCAGGUUACCAGUUAAACUCCAGCCUAGAUUGCUGGUGGCCAACCUCCAUGCUGAGAUCUAUGUGACAUUGGCCGAUGGGCUCAGUGAGUUUCUAAUACACAGAUAAUGGCAUUCCUAAAAUCACCAGCAUUCUUGGCUCUAAUUAGCAUCUUUGUUAGCAGUUACAAUGGAGGCCAAGGACUGAAUGAGCAUGAAGUCUGAACUUUACACACAGGUGGCCAUUACAGUUCAAGGUUGAGAAGACGUACUACUCCUGUUGCAUUUGUUCUGCAUAUAACUAAAGGACUUUAUUGCUCGUGAAACAUGCUGAGUUGACUGCUUUCUAGUUUCACUUAAGAAAAAAAAGCCCAGUCUGUCUUCAGCUUACUAAACUAGUAACUAAACAGGAUGUUUGUGAGCUGUUAAUAUUGUGAGCCCUACUAGUGAAAUUAUUGCUAUAGAGUCGUUCAGCUGUUUUGUCCCAACACCACCCAUAAAAUUUGAUCUGGUUCACAGGGAAGAACUAAUGUAAGGCAUAACUAAAAGAGUAUGUUUAUUUUACUACCUGGUUCUGAUUUGUUUCUAUGGUGUCAAAUGUAAGAUUUUCCAGAAACUUCAUGUUAGACCUUUGCUAGAAUGAAACAGAAUAGCUUUCCUAACAAAUUUGAUCCCUGCAUUUACUUUACCAACAGAUUUGUAAGCUUUUUCCUAUUGCUCUACCUCCACCAACUCAAGGGCAUAACUUUAGAAGGACAGCAUGUAGCUGGAGAACAGGGCUCAAAUUGGAAAAGACAAAAGCAAAGCCCAAAUAGUUGUACAAUUUUUCUACAAGAAGACUCUAAGAUCCAGAUUUCAAGAUAUUUAAUGCAGGCAAGCAAAAUUGAUCCAUAAUAGUAUACUCAGAGCCAAAUUAAAGCAAAAAGUGUCAUAAUGUAUCAACUUAAAAACUGGGGGGGGGGGGGGGGAAGGGAGGCACUGACCACCCUGAGGAAACUACACCAAUUUAGAAGCAUAAUUCAUUACUUAUCACUGGUCUCCACUCCAUUUCCCCUUAUCUGCCCUAAGUGAAUGCUAUAGCUUAGAAACAUCAGCAUGUGACAAUCUACUAGAACAUCUCACAUGCUAUGAUUCUAGUUAGGUGCGACUAUGCAGUGCCUCAUUUGUAUAUAAUGAUUAACGUACACCCUGGGUAUUUAUAUUAGAAAAGUCCUUUUCAAAGUGUAAAUCAAAGCUAAUUAGAUAUAUUCAUGUUACCAGAACCACAGAAGUCAUUUUGUUGCCCUCUUGCUCUACACAGCCCAGGAGCUGAGAUCAGAGUUCAGUUUUCAUGCUUCAGGAGUGGCCUUAUCUGUGUAUGUUGCACAGGAAUGAAGCUGAGACUUGAAUAGGACUCUUUGUGGUCCAAAGGCUCCUUAUGGACCCUGGUGGUCUCUAGACUGCAGCUCAGCUAUGUGCCAAAAAGGUGGCUCCUUCUGGCAGAACCCCAUUAGGAGCUGUAUAAAGCUUGUUUCAGUGAGAAGCCACUCAUAUCAUAGAGCAGACAUAUGCCACAAGUUACUGUAAUUCAAUGAAGGCAGUGUUUGUGAUAUGGCUAGCACUAGCCCUUACCAGUUCUUGUAGGAAGUGUAACACUCUUCUGGGGAAUGACAAACUAAAGCCUCUUCAGCUGUAUCACCUGCAGUUCUGGGGUGGCACAUAAAGCAAACGGUAGAUCCACUCAUCUGCUUCUGAAAAUCCCUGUGUCUGGGGUGUCCAUUUUUCUUUUAAUGAGUCUUUAUAAGAUGCUGCAAGUGCUGUUGUGUCUGUCUCUAGCUUCCUUUAAGCUUUAGUUCACUGUCUGAGAAAUCCAGUUUUCUAUAGGUUUAAUUUAACUUAAUUUUGGACCUACUUUCCCUCCUUUUUCUUUUGUUUUAGCUGCACCUGAAGGUGCAAGGACUCGUUAAAGAGCUGAUAAAAGUAUGAGUGGUUUGGAAAUUAUAGCCACUCAAAGUUAUGAAGAUAAAGGCAAUUACUAAGAUUCCUAUAAGUGGCUUUUUUUUUUUUUUUUGCAGGGGGCAGCAGAUAGUUUCUGCCGUUACAAGGGCUAGACUAAAAUAACACAGAUUAUCAACAAUCAUAUAUCACCAUAUGAGGUGGUCACCAGCUGGGGUCAGACAGUAAUAUCAUCCAUACAACACAAAAGCAGAAAAUCUCCAUAAUGAGAUAUAAUCAGAAGCAACUGCUGUGGGCCACCCUCAGAGGUUGGAUUCUGAAAUAUAUGGACAUGUGGUCUGUAUGGCAAUUCCAAUGCUUCCAUUUUCACUUUUCACGCUGCCAGUUCCCUGGUUUUUGGAUCAUGAAGUGACCACCAUUGAUAUCACUGAGGGACACAAUGAAUGAGAAUCUGAGGUCAUGAAACACACAAGAGUAUUUAGACCAAGAAAUAUGAAGGAAAUUACACACACACACACACACUUUCUUUCUCGUUGUGGGCAAGCUGCAGCAUUUCCAGUUACAAAGAAGUAAAAAUAUUAGGCCAGCUCGUCAAAUGAUGUAAAUCUGGCAUAGCUCCUUUGAACAAUGGAUUUACGUCAAAUUAUACCCGCUGAGGAUUUGAACCGGAUUUUCUUUUUAAAGAUGAAAAGUGUAGCUGAGGCUUUAUUGAUGGGUGCAGUAUCACGGGGGCAAUUUGCUGACCGUGUGGGAUAGCGUAUUUCCAUUGUGGGGUUAGCCAGUUAUGCUAUACAGGGGGCUGUUGGAAUACGCUAUAGAGGGGUCUGUUCUAUUUGUGAAUGUGGUGGGGGAAGAGGCCCAAUAA